GUUAGUGUUACUUUUGUUUUGCGAAAUGCAAGUACUAAGGGAUGAAAGUUGCAUUUUGUUCGCGAGCCGAGGACCAGGUCCAGGACGGUAAGUGCUUGUAAUGAUAAUGGAUCAUCCGCAAAACCCAAACUUUUAGUCCUCUAUUGCUCGAUCUUUUACUUUUUCUGCCGAAAUCAAAAAUGUAAGUAUGUCGAAAAAAGAAAAAUGCUCCCACUUCUACCCCUGGGUGACGCCAGUGUUUUCCCUAUUCGUUAACGAGCCUGUAGACGUGUUUCGGACAUCUUUCUACGUGAUAAGCAUAGGACUAAGAAGAUGGAAGCACUUGCAUUAUCUUGCUCGCUCCUGGUUGCACUCGCAGGACGAGCGCCUCCGUAGAUCUUUUUGAUUUUUUGUCCGAGCAGAUGUAUGCGAAGCUUUUCUUGUCCGAUCAUCAUCAUGACAGGACUAAGAAUGUGGCGUCGUGCUCGUGGUGCAGCGAAAUGUCAUCUACAAGGCACCUCAGAAUUGGCCUUUGAAACAGGAUCUUGCAGACACUCCUCGUGGAGGUUCAGA